AUGGCGGACUUCAAGCUUCACCGUCUUCUUCCCGCUUUUCUCGUUCUGUUUCUUCUACUUGUUCCUUCUGUGAUUGCUGCAGGCUGCCAAUGUCCUGAACAAGAAGAAGAAGAAGACGGAGGCGUUCGAAACAAAACCCUAGCCCUCAAAUACAAAAUCGUCGCCAUAGCUACGAUUCUUCUCGCUGGAAUCCUUGGGGUGUUUAUUCCCUUACUCGGGAGGGCAUUGCCAGCCUUGAGUCCGGACAAGGAUAUUUUCUUUGUCGUUAAAGCCUUCGCGGCUGGUGUCAUAUUGGCCACCGGAUUCAUCCAUGUCCUUCCUGAUGCCUACGAGAAUCUGACGUCGCCGAAACUGAAACAGAAUCCUUGGGCGAAGUUUCCGUUCACCGGCUUGGUGUCUAUGGUGGCUGCCAUUGCCACUUUGAUGGUGGACGCCGGUGCCAGUUCUUAUUUCACUCGACUGAAUCUGAAUAAGCCUCAGCCUGAGACGGACGGCGAUGGAGAGAUGCAUCCUGCAUGUCACGCUCAUGCCUCUGCCAAAGUCGUCGGAUCAUCCACGGAGAUUCUCCGGCACCGGGUGAUCUCUCAGGUACUAGAGCUUGGAAUUGUGGUACAUUCGGUAAUUAUAGGGAUUGGUAUGGGUGUUUCUGAAACUCCAAGUACAAUAAAACCUCUUGUGGCGGCCAUCACUUUUCAUCAGUUAUUUGAAGGUAUGGGCCUCGGAGGAUGCAUCGCCCAGGCAAAGCUCAGAACCAGGGCAGCGGUGAUAAUGGCAGUUUUCUUCUGCCUCACAACGCCAAUUGGGAUAGCAAUAGGCAUUGGAGUAACCAACAGCUACGACGAGGAUAGCCCAAAAGCACUCAUAGUUGAGGGGAUUCUGAAUGCAGCCUCCGCUGGUAUCUUAAUGUAUAUGGCUCUUGUGGACUUUCUGGCUGCUGAUUUUAUGAGCCUUAGAAUGCAGAGCAAUGCAAAGCUUCAAUUCUUUGCCAAUGUUGCUCUUAUUCUUGGAGCUGCUUUGAUGUCUUUACUUGCCAUAUGGGCUUGA